AUGACGAUCCUUCACGCCGGUUAUCCACAACCUCCUGCCGUUCAUUUCGGUCGCCAUCACCAUCUGAACUUGAACCAUCUGGAUCUGAACAAGCAUCAGGUCAAGCAAGUUCAUAACCAUCUAAACAGUGAGUUUACCUUCCUUCCUUCUUUCGUUCUCCGACCUACUUCUCAUUUUCGUAUCUUCCGAAUAGUUUUUAUUGUUCGGUUUUUCUCAAAACCGCUUUGAAAAGUCAUUUGACGGCACGAAUAGAUAUCAUCUGACUCGUGUGUUGAUCAGUUCAGAAACUGUGCUCUCUUUCCGACUCAUCACCACUCGCAUCUUGACUCAUCACAACUCGAAUCAGAACAAAAACCGAGCCAGAAAGUCUGACGACACGCCGUCUCGUUAUCUAUUCAUUCGAAUUUUGUUGUGCAUGUGUCACUUUGACACUUUUAUUUUCGUCCACUUGCCAGUAUGAUACAUUCCAUCGCGAGAGUUUGUAUUUGGCUGAUGCAAUAUGACUCUACGUUCGUACUGUAUACAUCCUUUUGCAAGGGCGACAGGAUCAGAGAACACUCUAUUGAAAACUAGAUACGGGGAAAGACUCAAAGAAAAAUGUAUGCAAAAUAAUGGGUCCCCGACUCUGAGCUCAAAGGUCCGCCCAGUAAUACGUGGUCUUUUCGACAUUGCAUUCAAACGCAUUCGCGUGUCAAUUGACUUUCUAAUUGUAAUGGAUACGUGUCCAUUAUGACCUCCGACCCUCCGAACCUCUGAACAAAGGACACGCUAAGCAGAUGGCUCCUUCCACCGGCUUCUGCGUCCCUUCCGUUUCCCAUUGGUUGUGCACUGCACAUUAUAACCGCAGUUGAUUCUGUGACCGACAGAGAGAUUUUUAAAUAUUCCAUCGUUAUUGUUAGUCACGCACCCAUACAAACACUACCAUUUUGCAUCAGCCGAUCUGUGCUUCGGGUGCACCACAACACCGCCAGCAGGCCACCCGCUGCUGCCGACGACUUGCCCCGGCUGACUGGUCUUGUGACACGCACGCAGCCCGCCGAAAUUGCCCCUCUUUUCACCACCACCACCCGCAGUUUCUCCUCUCUUCUUCUUCUCUUUGUGGAUCCAUAUGGAUGAGGGGAGAAGUGAAGAGAGAAUAGGUUAUGAUGAGGGUCGGCUGGCAGGAUAGAUGGGCGCCCCGUUGGCAAUUAGGAACCAGUGGACACGUGUUUGGACUAUUGGACUUGAUGGAUAGAGAGAAAAGGAGUACUGUACUUUUUGGGAUGCAAUAUGAUUGGGAGGGGUACGGUAGUCACAUAAAAAUACAUAAUGGGUGACGUGUUGCCACUUUUAACACUAUUGGUCCUUGUCGGCUGACCGGCUGACCAGAACCGACCACCAGCAGCUGUGAUCUCUGAAACACUCUCGUUUCCCAAAAAAUAACAAUAUCUGUCUCUCCAAUUCCCAUUUUAGCUCCCAUCGCAGACAAAACAAUACAAUGAAUCCGUUUUUUGCAGACUCGGCCGUCGGCGGCGGCGGUGCUGCCUUUCAACAUCUGCACACUCCUGCUGCUCCGAUUAGACACGUGGCCUGCUCCGACGACGACGAGCCACGUGGCGGGAUCGCGAUUGGCGCCGGCGGUGGAAGAUGA